AAGCGUUGUGUCUAUUUAUUUUCAGAUCUUCCCAUCUGGAACUACGAUGGAAGCUCGUGUUACCAAGCCGAGGGACACAAUUCCGACGUCUACCUACAUCCGGUGGCGAUCUUCAAGGACCCCAUGCGUCCGGGCAACAACAUUCUGGUCAUGUGCGAAACAUAUCGGUUCGAUGGCACACCAACUGAGUCGAACAAACGCCGCACGUGCCGUGAGGUGUGCGACAAGGUAGCAGAUCAGCAUCCUUGGUUCGGAAUCGAACAGGAGUACACAUUGCUGGACAUCGACGGCCGGCCUCUGGGAUGGCCCAGGAAUGGCUUCCCAGGACCACAGGGCCCAUACUACUGCGGUGUUGGAGCUAAUAAGGUUUACGCACGGGACAUCGUGGAUGCCCACUAUCGGGCCUGCCUAUACGCCGGUAUCAAGAUCUGCGGUACCAACGCUGAAGUUAUGCCUGCCCAAUGGGAAUACCAGGUGGGACCGUGCGAGGGUAUCUCAAUUGGCGACGAACUGUGGGUGUCCCGCUUCCUACUUCACCGUAUUUCCGAAGAGUUUGGCAUUGUUGCCACUCUGGACCCGAAACCGAUGGUCGGUGACUGGAACGGUGCCGGCGCCCACACCAACGUAUCAACGAAGGCCACGCGAGAGGAAGGGGGCAUCGCGGAGAUCGAAAGUGCCAUCGCCAAGCUGUCCAAGUGCCACGAGCGUCACAUCCGGGCCUACGAUCCUCGCCAGGGUAAGGACAACGAGCGUCGCCUAACGGGAAAGCACGAAACCAGUUCAAUCUUCGAUUUCAAUGCCGGUGUGGCUAAUCGUGGAGCAUCAGUGCGUAUUCCGCGCGGCGUCGCCGACGAAGGCAAGGGUUACUUUGAGGACCGUCGCCCAAGCUCCAACUGUGAUCCGUACAGCGUCGUGGAGGCCAUUCUCAGAACGAUCUGCCUGGACGAAUAGAGCUGUUUCGCGUCUUUAAGUUGUCUAAUUUUUUAAGACCUAAACACACAAAUCCAACCAAGAUGAACCGGUGCAUUCUAUUGUAACUAAUGACAAUGUUUUCUGUUUUUAAAUCAUAACAUGUUAUUUAUGUUUCUGUUACGUUGCGAGAAAUUGUUUAAAGAGAGCUAUUGUGUUAGAAUUAUAUUUUAUCAGAGCAUGAGCACGACAACCAAAAACCUAUAUUGAUGGGGACACAGUGAAGUCUCCUGCAAAAAUAGUAAAAAUCAUCAAUUACAUGGAAGAGUAUUUCUCGUACAACGUAAAUAAAGUAUCUAUUGUAAGAAAAAAUAAUAA